AUGCAGCUGGGGGACAAAGGCGGCAGCCAGAACCUGGGAGGCACAGGAGGAAACCGAGGUGGAGGGAAGCGGAAGUGGCUCCACCUAAAAGGCUGGCGGGUUUCCUUUCCAACAUCACGGAGAUGUGUUUUCGUUCCAGAGGAGGCUGAAACCCAGUCAACACCGCACAGCAGUGAUGAAAUGCUCUACUGUGAAGCCGAGUCCGCCCCGGCUGUGGAUAAAGGGAAACCCACCCGGGAGAGUUCAGAAACAGACCUCGAGAUUGAAGAUACUGAGAAGUAUUUCACCACCGGGCAGAAGGAGCUGUACAUGGAGGCCUGCAAUCUGAUGGGUGUCGUGCCUGUCUCCUACUUCAUCCUCAACAUGGAGGAGUCCUACAUGAACCUCAACCACCACGGGCUGGGCCCCCACGGUACUAAGGCCAUUGCGAUCGCCCUGGUGUCCAACACAUCUCUGAUCACCCUGGAGCUGGCAGACAACAGUAUCAUGGAGGAGGGCAUCCUGAGCCUGGUGGAGAUGCUGCAAGAGAACUACUACCUCCAGGAGUUGAAUGUUUCCGACAAUGCUCUUGGUUUUGAGGGGGCCAAAAUCAUCUCAGAGUUUCUCCAGAAAAAUUCCUCUUCACUCGUGAGUCUUCAGCUAGCAGGAAACUGUUUUAAGGACCAGUCUGCAGAGCUGCUCUUCCAGGCCCUGUCGAACAAUUACAGAAUUAAGGACAUAGAUUUCAGCCACAACGAGAUCUCUGAUAAGGGCGGGGAGAUCCUGGGCAACAUGCUGGCCCUCAAUGUAGGGCUCCUGACACUGGACCUGAGCUGGAAUCAUUUAUGCGGCCGGGCUGCUGUGUCCCUGAACUACGGUCUCCGGUCCAACGUGACCCUGAGGACACUCGAUCUCUCCAUGAAUGGCUGUGGGAACGAGGGGGCCGCGGCCCUCGGGGAGGUCCUCAAAAACAACAGCUCCCUGGCCUACCUAAAUCUCAGCAACAAUGACAUCAGCAACGAAGGGAUCUCCAAAAUCAGCAGAGGCCUGGAGUUCAACGAGUGCCUCCGAUCUCUGAAGCUGUUCCUGAACCCUAUGACCGUGGAGGGAGCUCUGUCCCUCAUCACGUCCAUCAGGAAGAACCCCAGGUCCAAGAUGGAAUACCUUGACAUUUCCCAUGUGAUGGUGUCCGAGCAAUUCGUGAGAAUCUUAGAUGGGGUGUAUAACAUCCACCCCCAGCUGGACGUGAUCUACAAGGCAAUCCAAGGCCUCUCUGCAAAGAAAUCCAUCUUCCAGUCCUCAAACCCCAUGAAGCUGAUCCAGAUCUAUGCCGAGCAGAACAAGAUCAGGGUCGUGGACUUUUUCAAGAGCUUGACCCCGACGGGGCUGAUGAAGAUGCCUGUGGGCGAGUUCUGGAAAGCCAUGAUAAUGCAAAACAAGAUCCCCCUAACCCGGUACCAACUCAGGGAGCUGAUCAAGCGGCUGAAAGACAACACUGGCAUGGUGAACUUCAGGUCAGCACAGGCCCCGUGCCCGGGCCCCAUCCAGCCUCUGUCCCAGCAGGCCCUCGGUUCUCUAGAACCGCGGUCGCCAACCCACCGUCCGCAGACCACUGGUGGUCCGUGAGGUCCGAAAGGUUGGUGCCCGGUGCUCUAGAAGGCACCCCUGAGCUCCAGGGGCCACCCCGUCUGCAUGGCCUCAGGCCUGGUCUCCCCUGCAUAGCAGGCUGCCUUUGCCCCCUCCCAUGUCUGCCCACCGCCCCCCACCCCAUCCCCUCCUCAUCUUCCGCUGGCUCACUUGGCCAAGUUUCGGGCUCAGUGCACACUGCAGGCUGCGAGCCUGAUUCUGGGGACACAGUGCUCACAGCAGAUAGGAGGUGGCACAAAGGAGCAGUGGUUAGGCCCUGGCAUGGUGAGGGGGUGGCACACGGACACAGAGGAGAGGGCAGAGGGACGUUGGGUUCCAUG